GUUUCAUUAUUUCCUGAAUUGUGGUCAGUUAGCCGCGAGAAACUGCCGAAAAGAUAAAGCUUGUGCGAGGUGCCAGUGAGGACUGGCUGUAGAUCAGCUAAUUACCUAGUUUCGUCUUCGCGAAAUCGACGCAGAGAAAAUCGUGAAAGAGCAUUUUACAACAUUCAAUCCUUCACGUCUGAAUAUGGAUUGCGUGGGACCAAGGUAAGUUUCAUUUCCAAAAAAAGAGCAUUGUACGUCUAGUAUUUAUGGCAUGGCGUGUUUUUCUAUAGACAAUAAUAUUGUCCGGCUAAUAGACGGCUUUGUUUUGCUUUUAGAGGUAAGCACAUUGCAAAUAUAAGUAAUAUGCUUCAACCGGUAUUGUCUCUGUUCAAUAAUUUUCGCUGUAAAACUGUAAUUAAUCUAUAAUGAAACCAUUUUUUUGUAAAGAACGCCUUUCUUGAGGCAUGAAUUGGUGAUGCCUGAAUAUUAUAGUCAUUAUAGCAAACGUUUUGGAAUCUUGAAAAUGUAUUGACUUUUUCGGUAUAUUUUGUGCUAAAUAUUGCAUCUGGUAUCCGUUAGGUUUAAGCUUUAAACACCUCUGUCUGCUAAAAACAUUCCCUGCUAGCAGAGGUCUCUCACGACGAGGCAUUGUCGUGAGAGACCUCUGCUAGCAGGGAACUAAAAACAUUUCACGCGUUGUGAAAACAAAGAUAAGGAUUUUUUAUAGUUCACUACACAUUAGUUGUCUUUAGUCCAGCUUGUGAUAUUAUUGUUAGUGCCCUGUGGGAAAUUGUAAAUAAACGUGUUUAUUUUGCCAAUUUUUUUGGAUUUGCCAGUAAUCUCGAAAAGUUUGUUGCUGUGUGGGAUUUUGAACCAUCCAAAAAAGAUGAAGUGGCAUUAUCAAAGGUAAAAUUGAGUUUCUUUUACACUGGGACUUUGUCGCGUUGCAGUAGACUGAGAAAUUUAUUUUCUUAUUAUGGAUAUUUAUUAACGGAAACAUAAUGCUAUUUAUAACAAGCUAUUGUAGUUUCUGAGUGAAUUCAAGUGGUGUGUCGACCAUGGGAGAUUGACAACCUUUUAGAUCUGAGUAUGGGUAUGAGAUUUAUGACAAGUAUAUAUGAUGGAAUUACAAAGCAGUGAUUUCCUCGGAACCCCAGGGGAGGAGGAAGUAUAUUCUCCUAUACAGCUAUUUCGAGAAAGGUUGUCUGAAAAAGUGCAUGCGACAAUCCUGAAAGGUAUUGUUGGUGGUUUUAAGUUCACCGUGCUUCAAAGAAAUUUGCGAGCAUGGCAUGAGAGACCAUGGACUUACGUUUGCGUUUGCUAAAGGAAAGCAACAAAAGUAAGUUCGACAGUCACAGUUUCAGGAACAGUGUAUCGAUCAUAUCCCAUAUUACCUUUUGGGAUUGUCGCGUACACAUUUUUUCCGACAACCUUUCUCGAAAUAGCUGUAUGCAUGUAAGCUACACUGGUAAAGUACAGCCCUAAUAGGGUGUAGUUUUUGACUUCUUAUAUUGAGAAUUGGUCUCAACCAUUUGGGUCUGAAGUAGGGUAAGGUUUUAUGCUCUCUGGAAUCAGAGGCUGGAACUGGGUAUGGUGUUUUGGCAUCAUUUCUCUCUUAAGCCUUUUUAGUGCCAAUAUGUACAUACAAAUUUUCCAGACCAAUGUCCAUACAUUUCCUUAGAGAAUAUAAUCAGUUAAGAGAAUUUUAAAGGAGAUUAAAGCAUUUUCGCUAUUAUGAUCGUGUUGUUCACUCUCAUAACCAUUUCUCUUUGUGAUGCCAAGAUAUUGUUAGGAGAAACUUGAUUUUGGUCGCUCUUGGAGUGCGUUCCUUUGAGAUCAUCCGGAUCAAGAUCAGUGAUCUGAGGUCACUCGGAUCAUGGUAGAUCAAAUGAACAGAUGAAUCCACUCUGGACAAGGAUUCAUCAGUUCAUUUGAUCUACCAUGAUCCGAGUGAUCUUGGAUCACUGAUCCUGAUCCGGAUCAUUCCAAAGGAACGCACCCUUGGGUUUUAACAGUGAUUUAGGUCUGAAAUAGGUAGCGUACUGCAGAGCCUGAUCUGAAGUUUAAUGGGGUACUUCCCCUUCUCAAUUUCCUAUGUUUUCUUGCCCUAAUUUUAUGAGUCAUGAUAAUAGAUAUUAAGGACUAGGAGACGAAGGAAAAUAGGAAUUAAACCUACAAUUCGUGACAUUAGAACUUGGGUCAAUGGAAUUGCCAACAUUGACAUGUUGUGCUUGACUUCCUUUUCUCUCUACCUUUCAAUGUUAGCCUCGAAAAUAUUAGAGAAAUCCACCAAAACAUAAAAAAGGAGAAAGACAGGUACCAGAGCUAUAUGGCCUAAGUUAGGUGUCCUUGAUUGUAGGUUUAAACCAUUUUAACCUGAAUUUCAUUUUGACCUUUUGCACAUAUGCCACAAAGAUAUUUUGUCAAAGCAUAGCAACCCUGUGCUUAAGUAAUUCUCUCCUGACAGUAUUGUUAAUUUUGUGAUAGGGAGAUGUUGUGUUUGUGUUAAAGAAGUAUAAAGAUGGUUGGUACAGAGGAAUAAGAUACAGAGGAUACCAGGUAUAUUUGUAGUAGCUACGUAGAGGUACUGGAAGAUAAUGUCAGAGUGACAGGCUGACAUUGAAGCAUCCUUGCUUCUAAUCAAAAGCUGCAAAGUCAAACAAAAUCAAAAAAUGGUGUACAAUCAUGUCUUGCAACAUAAAAAAAAAACAUGUAAAUCUCAGGCAUCCAUAAAUUAUAAAGAAACAGUACAUGUAGAUAUAUCAUAGUGAAUACACAAUCAGCCAGUGUUUAUAAUUAUAUUAACCCCUUGUCUACCAAGGACGUAUAUAUUAUACGUCCUUUGUGAGGUCACUCAGCGACCUAGAAUGUAAAUAUACAUCCUCAGACAAAUGAAUUUACCAACAACCUGGUCGUUCGAGUUGUCUUGAAUAAAUAAACUUCUGCUGUAGAGAAAUGGUUGCCAGUUGCUGGGUGUAUUUGGCUCUGGUAGGCAAGGGGUUAAAUUUGUUCCAAAAGGAAAUUCAUAAGACAGCUGCUUGUUAAUUUCGCCUGCAGAAAAAGAGCUAACCACUGGGUCAAAUUGUAAUGCCAUAAAACAAAGACAACACGGGUAAUUUGAGGGUCUGCAGUUAAAAAGCCAGCUUGACUGAUAAAGAAGCCUGAUUGUAGCUUUAUCCUACUAGCUACAUCCCUGAAAAUUCAGCUUUGUAGCAACUAACAAAAUACCUUUCCAAAUUGUCAUUAGGCUGGAUGUUUUCCUGGGAAUUUUGUUGUGAAGGACUCUGAUAAAGCUGAAAAUAUCGAAUGGUAGGUUAGACAAUUAUUUUGAAAGAGAAGAAAAUGUUUUUUUUUCAUUUUUAGCUCCCUGUCAACUAUCCUGCAUUAUAGUGGAGCCCUGAUGUGUUGCACAUGGAGUAGGGUGUCUUGAAAACAAAGACCGCUAAGAACCCCAAAACCCCCCACGGAAUUACUCAGAACUUCAUUGAAUAGGGUUAGGAGACUGAGUGAAUAAGGUUCCAUUUAAGUCAUUAUACUGGACAAACUGACCUGAAAGUUUGAUUAACUCAGUGUCCUAGCCCUAAUCAAUAAAGUUCAGAGUCAUUUGGUGGGGGAUCUUAGGGGUCUUUGUUUUCAAGACACCCCAUGGAGCACCAUAGGUAAAAUCUACUUAUAUAUCUGUAGACUGUUUUCACACAAUGUUGUGUCCCUAAACAAUAAAAUGGCUGCCAUGUUGGUGUCUCAUAAUCUUGCUGGAAAUAAAACUUUUUGUCAUGUAAACACUUCCUUUUGCCCCAAUUGAUUUGAGCGAGUAGUGAAAACGCUAGCUAUACAUCCAAAAAUCAGAUGUAACUGUACAACUGUCCAAUCCGUCUGUCCAUGUAAACCAAAUGAAUGUGAAAGUUCACACAUAUGCAGAUACAAAAAUGGAACAAAAAAUGCCAUUAUGUCUCAAAGUGAUGUAUGCCAUUCUUGUCAAAGUCAAUUGACAGCUGUCAAAAUGGGGCAUCUGCUGACCUGUAUCACUUGAUGGUAUUGCCUGCUCAGGCCCACAAUCCAUAAAGGCCAUGACAUGAAUCAUAGAGGAGGGUUUAAAAAAAGGCUUGUUUAUAGUGGAAAGUGCACUUAGCUUAUUCAGCUAGUUUACAGGCACUCCACUCAAAUACUUAGAUUUACAAAUAAUUCAAAUACAACAGAUUUCAAAUUCAAAUUCAAUAUAACAGGAUUAAAAACCCCAACUGGCAAGAGGCAACGAGUUGGUUAUUUACAAGCGUGGCCGAGAAUUUGAGCUCGGGACGACCGAGAACAAAUCCAGCAAGUCGCCAGAGUGGGACUCGAACCUGGGACCACCGGAUAGCGAGUCUGACUCACUGACCUUUUUGCCACACUACCUCCUUUUAGAUCCCCACCCCACUGCCUUUAUCAUAAAGUUCCACUUUAUUUUUAAACUGUUCUUUUACAGUUUUUGGCCUUCUAAGACCCCCAUCCCCCCUUGAAAUGCCUGACUAGUUAUCCUGUUUAGAGUUGGAAUGGAUAUUUUCUGAAACAACACAAUGCCUGCUUUAUUAGGCAACGCUCUAAAAAAAUUGAAUGGAGCUGUGAAAACCAGGAUACCCAACAUAGGGUGUCUGUGAAAAAAAUGAAGAUUUCGUAGUUGUGCAAGAGCAAAAGUAGGGUACCAGGAGCCACCAGUUGACUCUAGAUAGCAGCCCUGUGCUUUAUGUUAGCAUUUCACCUAUAUUGGUCAUGAUUUGUUUCCUGUUUAUUGAUAUAUAUUUCAGGCAAGAUGCUUCAAAAGAAUUUCUUUCAAAUUCUUCUCCAGCAACAGAGGUUAAUACAAAUAUUUUAGCAGAUUUAGAAAUCAAUCGAGGAAGUAUGACCUCUGAGGGUACAGGAACAGAGGACCAGUAUAAAGAUAUGGAGGAUAGACAGCCGAAUGUCAAUCAAAAUGGAGUGGACAGAUCAGAUUCUCUCAGUAGUGAUAACAGUGGCGGCUUAAGUCCAGGAACAUUUACUUCAUUUCAUGGGCUAAAUAUUAUUGCUGAUUCAAUGUCACGUGAUGGGGCAGGUAAAGAAGCAUUGUUAUUGUUGUCUGUACAUCUUUCCUUGAUCAUUAUCAUUAAUAUGCCUUUCCAUGAUUUUGAACACUAGGCUGUUAAUUUCAAUAAAUGGACGAUUAGGUCAUUUUUGGAACAGGAUGUUGUUAUAUUUUGUUAAUUCAGUGACCAUAAUAAUGACCUGCUCACUCUAAAACAAUGGAAAGGUGUAUUAAGUUGGAUAAUAGUGGUCUUAAGCAACAAUGACGGUAGCAGCUACAAAAAUGCCACUUAAAAAGUGUGUGAAUUCACACUCUUCAAACUUUUUGGGGGUUAUUUCAUCUUGUAAAAUGUUGGCGAAUUUUUCGGGAGUUCAAUUCUAAAGGACUGUAUCAAAGUUCAGGAAAAGAAAAAUAGGGUCCUGUCUUGUUUUCAUGUCCUCCACAAAACGUGAAAUUAGGCAAUUUCAUGGUGUAAUCGCUCAACGACAGCAAAGAAAUGAACAAAAAAGCGUGAUCCGUGUGCAAAGUUGUUGUGCUUAUCUAAUCCCAUUGCUUCUUUUCCAUUCUCGUUGAUGUUGCUGUUGUUGUGGCUUUAGCUCCCUAUUGCUUUGGCUCCUUGGUUGAGGGACGUGGAGAGGAAGCUGUUCUGUUUGAAACCUUUUUUGUUUUUAGGCUUAAGGUUUUUUUUUGCAGAAGUGUUUUUAACCAUUUAGCAUUGAAUGAAGUACAGCCCAGCUUGAUUUUUAACUCAGUACUCCCUAAUCAUAUGUUCACAUGACAGCAGCGCACCUUCAGAUUAGCUAUGUAGUGAGUAGUACAUGGUAUGUUUCAUCACUAACUUUCUCCAAACCAAAGGGGUGAACUGUUGGGUUCAGUCUGUUACGUGUAAGUUAUUUUAGUGCAAGGUAGCUAGCCUUGUGCUUAAACCCCCAGCCUCUACCCCUAGAACCUGUCCAGCAAGGGUGGCCUUACCAGGAGACAUUGCUCCUGCCAGUGUAGCUCUCUUGGUUUAACUUAGACAUUCAUACCAGCUCUCUGACCACAAGAAGGUGGCAAUCUGCCAGGGGGAAUUAUUUUGUUUACCCUGUUUACAGCAGUAAAAUUUUAAUUGUACUUAAUUCUAGAAUCUGAAGAGCGAAAAAGAACAAAGGCGGCAAUGGUAAGUUUGGAGUUCCAUCAAUGAUCACCUUUUCUUGGGGAUGCAAAAGGGUUUUAAAUUUUGAAAACGAAAUAAUAUGCUGCUGUACAUCCAUAUUUAUACCCAAUAAUAAGAGGGUAUAUAAAUGGGUGAAAUACAGAAAGUUCAGAUAUUUUCAGGAAAAAUGGUUUGCAAAUUAAACUUUUCAUUUCUUCCUAUUUAUUGGCAAAAAUACUAUUAUUUGAUUUAAACCUAGAUCUCGUCUUUGAGAGAAUAGUCAAAAUAAUUGGACUGAAACUAUUUCAUGAAAGAAUCAAAUGAUCUGAUGAAAGAAUCAAAAGAUGAAGGUGUUGUUCACGAUCAAACCUGAAAAUUAGCAAGUGAGAAUUCAUUGGUAUUCAUCAUCUCUCAGGAUCAACUAGCUGAAUCUUGCAAUAUAACUUUCAGUUUUUAUUUUGGUGGAAAUGCUUGGCUAAUGAUUUUAACUUUUUAUCUUUCUCCAGGAACUUUUAACAUCAGAGGUUUCAUAUUUCAACGGAUUAAAUCUCUUGUCUGGGGUCAGUAUGUAGUCUGCAAUGUUAUAUUUUAAUAUCAAUCUUAAUGUAAGCAUACAUAAUUAUCAUUACAACAGGAUCAUUGUCACCAUUUUGAUGAUAACUUUAGUCUUGAUGUAGACAUCAUUACAGUGCAUGCAUGACCAAAAACUGGGAGAUUCUAACGCACACAUCCCCUUUAAACAACUGUCAUCGGCCAGCAGAUGUCUAGCAAAUGGCAACAGUCACCAACAGACUACAGAAAGUAUAUAAAUCAUAGCUGAGAAAAUUACCAAACAUUCGGUUAUGUGUCUAGCUAUAAGCACUCAGUGUAAAUGUAACAUUUAUCUGAGAACACACUAAGGGUAAUGUGUGAAGAAGUAGCAUCCUGUUUAGCACCAAGCAAGUCUAAAUGAAGUUUUCUCUUAAAAUCAGGAGCAACAUUUACUCUCAGGGGAUAAUAAUUUAUGAGAAAACAGUCAUAGGUAUAGAGUAAAUCACUCUAUACCCUGGAUGCCAGAGAUUAGCCUGCUAGCAAGUUGAAGAGAGAUGGCCAUUGUGCAGAGGUGGCUGUUAGUGGAGGUUAGACUGUAGAGCCAAAAGAAAUCCCUCACAGUAACAGUAACUGUAACUGUUGAUUCCCCACUUGCUUGUCCUAUUUACUUUCGUCAUGUGAGACACGACCUACGGUUUUUCGUCCUUAUCUGAGAAGACUAAAAAGUCUAAUCAUUUGCAGAUGCCUUUACAAAGGCAACACUUUCUUCUCAGUUAUUUAAAGACCCUGAAUGUUGGUCAGACCGGGGUUUGAACCCACAACCUCGCGCACGGGAGACCGGCACUCUCUUAACUGAGCUAAAACACCCUGUACUGGACUGGCAUCCUGUCCAAAAGGUGAAGGGUGGGGGCUGGUUACGUAAUACUCAGCCUGGGUUCUUUAUGCAACAGUAAUAGCUAGGGAUGAGGUCUGGCUGAGUGCAUGAACCUUGUGGUUCAUUUUUCGAGACGUGUCUACCUUUUAACUGUUAAGGCAAACUUGCAUUUUCUUCACACUACUGAGCACCAUAAUUUAGUAUGUCAUAAUGAAUCGAUUUUGUCUUUUUUCGUUGUAGCAUUACAUAAGACCUCUCAGGAAACUUCGAAUUAUAUCCAGUGAAGAUCUUAAAAAAAUAUUUGCAAAUGCUGAGGUGCGUAAGUGUAUUAAACACAAGAGCAAAAUGAUAUUGAAUAAUGACCAAAUGCUUUAGUAACAUUUGUUCCAGAAAUUAUUUUAUGUGAUGAUUUCAAUACUGAAAAUCAAAUCUAAAUCAAAAAUGUAAACUGUUGAGCCAUGUGGGUAGGUCUCCGUUAAUAAGUGUAUUAUGAUAUUAUUAAUUCUUAAAUCUCCUUUGCAGUCCUUAGAAACUAUAAGUAAAGAACUGGUUGCAAAGCUUCAAACACGUUUGGCCCACUGGGAUGUGAACACAACAUUGAUUGGAGAUAUUCUUGUAGAAAUGGUGGGUACUUGACAAAAUGAUAACUUUUCACAUUAAUUUUGUCUUAAACUAUGUUGAGGCCCUUCCAGGGGGGGGGGGAGGGUCCCAUGUCGCCCGUCUGAAUUUUAAAACGUCUCGUUUCGGUGUUUAGAAACGCUUGUCACUUAUUGUCGGCUUUGCCGUCACUGUCGCAAUUUGGCUGAGGGAGGUUGUCUCAGGUCGCAAUUUCAUUUUACGCGCUGUCACUACUUUUUGGGCCAUGUCGCUUGUCGAAAUUUACCCUGGCAGGGCCUCUAUGUUGUCUGAAAUUUGCUGAUCUUUUAAUAAAAAUUACAUGCAUUUUGUUUUGCAGUUUUCUUAUGUGAUGAUGUUUGAACCUUAUUUCAAGUCAAGGAAGAGAGGCAACGAGGUAUGAAUUGUAAAAGUAACAUUAUCAAGCAGGUACUUGCUAACACAAGGCAUCACGUUGUCAAUUGAUUAGUGCAAAUCAGUUAUAUGUGAUGGAGAAUUGUAUCAACUAUGGCUCGACACGAUUUCACACCAGGAUGGGUUGAGAAGGUCCCAGGGUCGUUCCUUUCAGCUGGGACCCAUAUUCAGAACAAAGAUUACUCAAAAUAGUAUUCAUUACAUUACUCCAGAUUCCCCCUCAGCUCCUCUGUAAUGGUCGAACCUGCCUACCAACCCACAUCUGAUGAUGUGGGUAGGGGAGUUUUAAAAGUAUGCUUUUUAAAAUAAGUAUUUUCUAUACAUGCAUUGUAAUAAACCUAAGUUAUUAUAAAAACAUUGUACUGCUUCUUAGUGUUUUCACAUCCUUUCAUCACAGUUGUUAUAUCAGUUUGAUAGACUUCUGAUUGGUUUUCUUGAUAAUUGCCGUUAUAUUAUUAUUAUUGUUAUUAUUAUUAUUAUUAUUAUUAUUAUUAUAAAUAUUUCUGAUAUGACAGCUGUCAAAUCUGCUGUCACAUAAUUUGUUUGUCCACUAAAAAGAAUGAAGCUAUUAGAUUGUAAAGGGAGUAUUUUAUUUCUGACAGGUAAAAGUAAAAUUAGAAAAGAACAAUGAGAAGUUUCGAAAUUUUUUGGCGAAGGUAAGGUUUACUGUCUGUAAUGGGUAAUGAUCAUGUUAACUUCAAUUAUUUAUAUUAAGGAAUUUACCCUCAGAGUCUCUGCUAAGGCACAGUAAAUUUAAUUUCCCUGUCAGUCUUAAACCUAAUGGACCUUAUUCACGAUACCCGCCAUCUUUGCACGCUCUUUAGGAUUGAUGGGAUAAAAGCAAUGUUAUGUGGUAUUUAAGGGGGCAAACAAAAGAUGAAAUUUGCCAAAGUGAGAAAUUGCGGUCGACUUAGUUUAUUCUCUCAAAAUGAAACAACGAUUUAAUAGUAAUGCAAAAUGUACAGCUUGAGUUUCGACAAAAUUAAUGUCAUUAUUGUUUGCUGUAAAGACAUCUACUGUCGCCACUGCAUUGAAAAAGUAACAAUAAUUACCUCCACCCAGGAGUGGUCAUUAUUGUCUUUAAUAUAAAAAGUUGUUCAUUUUCUGUCGUCAAGAAUAAACAAACUUGACUGCGAUUUCUUGUAUUGGAAGAAUUUAUCACUUGUUUGCCCCCUGUCAGAAGCCACGUGACAUCACUUUUAUCCCAUCAGUCCUUAAGCGUGUGCAAAGAUGGCAAGCGUGGUGAAUAAGGUCUAUUAGUACUCUACUGUCGUUGUGGCAGACUGUUUUGCAUUAAAUUUUGUAAGAAUACAGCCACCUCGUUAUUACGGCCACUUUUUUUGGCCACCUGGCAAAAACCGCCAUAUAUACAUUUAACUGUAAAAAAAACCUUGUUAAUAUGGCCGUCCUGUUAAUGUGGCCAAUGUUUUUGGCCCAGUGACCAAAAAACCAUCUUGUUGAAUCAUUUUAAUUAGUAAACUAAGUAUUAUAUAUAAACAUGCAUUCAGAUGUUGAAUUUAUGUUCAUUUUCUUUUUUUACAAAAACAACUUUAUCGGGAUGAUAUAAUUUCUGGUACCCAGUUCCUGCCUGAUCUAAGUUUGCAUCGUGGCCUGCAUUAUCAGAUCAAAAACAAAUAACAGAAAAUAACAUAACAAGUACAAAUCCCAGCUAGCUAGAAGCAAACCAUUUGGCUAUUUACACUUAAGACCAAGGAGUUGAACUCAUAAGAUACCGAGAACAAAUCCAGCUAGAAGUUGGGCAGGAUUUGAACUGGUGGCCCCGAGAGGUGUUAAAAUUUUAUAACCAUUUGGCCAUGUUAUCCUCCAACUGAAAAUGUUAUAACGGCAAUAUUGAAAUCAUUUUUUUUUUUUUAUCUCCCAUUUUAGGUGAAUUGCAACCAAACAUUGGACUCUUUACUUCUAAUGCCAAUACAGGUAAAAACUGAUGUGAACACUUUGAUGUCAAAACUCCUAACAACUUUACAGGAGUUGGGAAGAUAAUAACAGUCUACGAGUUGUUGCGUGAUAAUUUCCUUAUGAUCGUGGAUAGUAGUCCUGAAGCCCUGCGGCACUGGCUACUCUCAAAAAAAAGUUUUUGAAGUGGGAUAAUAAAGCCAUCAUUUGUCAUUUUAUCUGCUUCCCAAUGCUUUGUUCCACAAGAGCAAACUUGUGAUGCAAAUGGCAGUAAAAAGAAAUGUCAUCGUAAAUGCUAAAAUUUCUUUCCCUAGUCUAGUCUUUCGGGAACCUCCACAUUAAAAUUUUCCCCACCCUUCAAAUGAAAGGAGUGCGGCUCCCCUCCCAUACCUAUGAAAGACAUGUUGCUUGACGUAAUAAGUUGCCGUCUUCAUAAUGUUUUUCUCCUUCUACAUCAAAUUUUUUGGAGAACCCUGAUUAGGGUGUACAAUAUGUCAGCAUCACCAUGCAUACAGUGAUUUUCAUGCACACUCGUCUAUUGCUUGUGUCCUUCUAUCCUUAAGGAAAAUGAGCGACUGUUCUUAAGCUAUGUUUAUCUAAGGCCCAGUUCAAAUGUCAAACGUUUAUGAGAAGAACCUAAUGGAUGAAUUUCUAUGAUUUAUUUUGAUUGGUAAGCAUUGUAUAUCAUUGUACAUUGUGAAAAUGAAUUGAGUCCGACUUAUAAAGUUCGACGCGUGAAUCAACAUGAACUUAUUUCAUCUGGGUAAACCCAAAUAAGUAUCAAGUUCAGUACAUCAAAAGUUCAAAGUUUGAACUGGGGCUAAGAACUUUAAGUUUUAAAUGUUGGUUAUGAUAAAAUUGACAUUAAGUUAAUUCAUAUUACGAUUGUCGUUUUUAACGUUACAAUCUUUCAGAGGGUUCCUAGAUACGAGCUGAUAUUAAAGGAAUUAGUGAAAAGGACAAGUAAGGUUAGUGUUGUGUAUCACACACUCUAAAAUUUACUUGUAUUACUUGAUUUUUUUUGAUGUAUUACUGGAAGGUGUUAUUAAAUUGUUUUUUUAAUACUAAUUACCAGGUAUUGUUUUGCUUUGGUGUGACAAAGCCAAUUAGUUUUAAAUUAAAAUGCAAUGUUAGAAUCUUAUAUUUGCAAAUUAUAUAAUUAAUGCUUUCCAAUCAAAUAGUUUAUUUUACCCUUAAGUUGAUCAAGUCACAAUAGGUGAAAUCUUAAAGAACUAAGGGUGGUUUUUAAAGUAAAAUGGUUACAGUUUUCUUGUGUGAUUCUUAUUUUAAGGAUCAUCCUGACUACGAUAACUUAACAGAAGCAUUGAGCAAAGCACAGAAGGUAAUCUGGAGAUUAAUUAAGAGUGCAAAUUGUCUUUCGUAUUUUACCUAUCGUAACAUCUUAGUUACCUCUUUAACUUAUAAAAUUUAUUACAUAUGGUAGGAUUAAAUUUUAUCCAAGUAGAAAUCUUUACUAUGGUGACCAUCUUUUUAGGAACUCAUAGUUGUACGAUGGAGGGCCUGACUUCAAAUGCUCCAAACUAGGCAGGUGUUUGUUUCCAAACCAUGCUAGGUUGGUGUGGGUACACACUUAUCACUGAUCAAAAUAUUAUUUAAGUAUUUCUAAUGAAUCCAAUGGCCCCAUAUUAAUGCUUAGCUUUUAGUUUACUUGUCUGUUCUCUUUAACGAAUUUUGUUAUUAGAGAUUUUAGACACUCAAACUUUUGACUACAAGGUUGGAUACUUUUUGGACUUAUCUUUAAAAUUUUUAAGGGAGAUCAGCUGAGCAACAGGAAGAAAAAGAUAAAAAGAAAAAAAAAACUAAGGAAAAAAUACUUUAUUUUGACAGACGGCUGAAGCCUUAAAUGAGCACAUUCGUCAAAUAGAGAAUGAAACAAAAGUUGUUGAAGUCAUAAAGAGUUUUCCCAAUGAUGAACUGGUGAGUUUGACAGUCUUCAGUAAGUGUUUUAAAGUGCAUUAGUUACACUGGCAAGUUUUGCCUGAUUUGAAAAUCCAUUUUAUUUGCACUAUCAAGAAAAACUUGCCAAUGUAAUUGCAGCUUAUUAUUUGUCUCAAUGUUCCACCAUGUAUUAUCUUUUCAAUUUACAUUAAGUUGAUUUUAAAAGUGAAAUUUGAACGUUUUAUAUUCAACAGAAUCUUAUUCGACCUGCUGUGCUUAACAGUCCAGGUAACAGUUUUAUUUAAUCUGUUAUUUUCUACAUUGUAACAGAUAGUUAAUACUUUAUUUAAAAUAUUUUAAGAGGUGAAGUAUAUUUUUAUACUGAAUUAAUUUUCUUUUUCUUCCUACCAAAUUGACUUGAAUGAAUAAAUUAAUUUAUUACAUGGUGCUCUACAAUAAGUUAUGUUAAUUAUUAAAAUAAUUUUGUAACAUGAUUGAAAUGUUAAUGCUCUGUAAUUAAACCUUGUACGAUAGUAACUUGUGGCAUAUUAAGCUGGUCAUUGCUUUCUAACAGGCUAUUAAUACUAACAAUAUUUAAGAAGCUAAUGCCUGCAUUCAACCAUCAACAAAAUUUAAUAUUUUUAGGAUUCACAGGUUUAACAAGUUGCUUUUUUGCUUUGUUCUGGUGAGUUGAAAAAUAUUCUUGAAAAUGUUGCUGUCUGUUUUUAGGAAAGCAGUUAUUUGUUGGAUCAGUGCGUCUAAGGUAAUAGUUUGUAUACAAAGUGCAUGGGAUCAAAAAUCUAAUGUUGAUGUCCAUAAUCACAUACCACACAGUUUUCCAUGCAUGUCCUAUGACAUGACUGAUCGAGAUGGUGUGGAAAUGACCACUUUCAAUGCAUGCUGAUAAUUUGCAAUCCUAUGGCAUUUGUUAUAUAUGUUUUGUAGGAUUUGCCCUAGCUACCAUAAGCAUCACCCCUGUCCCCCAGCUACUUUCAUAGGAGACAAAGGGAAAAUAAAAGCAAAAGGACUAGCCUUGCUAACAGUUCAAUUCUCUGCCUGUUAGCCAUAUCUGUCUCUUGCCUUCCUUUUCAUAAAUUUAUGUUUUACCUGUGUGCACCUCAAUGUUUCUGAUACCACAUUAUGUUACUUAAUAAACUGUCAAUUUUAAAAGGUAAUUGGGGUGUUUUCUUCAAUUAGGAAACAUGAUAAAGACCAUAUGGCAACUUUAUCAAAAAGCCUCAAAAGGUAGGAUGAAUAUAAUUUUAUGUUACGUAGUUUACCAUGAAAACUUAAUUAUUAUUAAUAACGAGCUUAUAUCGUUGCAUGUUAUAAGGUGUUGCUCUAAGAAAACAAUUCAAGCAGCCCAACUGAGUUGUAACAUGUGAAAUUCAGGGAUCUAUAAAUGAAGAACUUUUCCCAAGGGAACUUUAGCAAGUCUUCAGUAGCACUGCUCAGCCAUGAUGCCAUUCUACACGCAAUGGCCUAAAGUUGAUUUAUUCCGUUAUCUAUUUGCUUCUCUUAGCCACUGAACACAAAAAGAAAAUUUAAUAGUAAAAGGAAAAAAUGCCAAAAAUUGAUUUGGUCAUAGUUUGGUAAUUAAAAAAGAAAACAAACUAUAAGCUGGUUGAUUUAACAGGAUCUCUCUUCCGUUGAUGGACACCAUUGACACAUCUCCCAACUUGCCUCGACGUGGCUCAUCAGCAGUUGCACAUGACUCUCGCCCUAAGAGUGCUGAGAAUAGUGACAGUGACAGUGACACAGAGACCUCAUCAUUAGGAGAUACAUUUAUAACAAGGUAGCUACUAAACAUAGUGUGCAAAGAAAGAAGUGUCUGGUCUAGUGAAGUCAGCUGUAUAUUGUGCUUGUGAAUUCUGUUUUUAACUUGCCAGAUGGACAUUAGAGGUGAAGAUUUUGGGAAAUUCAAAUUACAGAAGAACUGUAAUAAAUCGUGCUAUUCAAAAACUUUUUGUGGGCUAGUUGAAAUGACUUUUGGGCUAGUACAUGAUAGCUAAAGUUUGCUGGAAUAGCAAGUUGAAAAACUGACUUUCUUUGGGCCCUGUAAGUAGUUUAGCUCUGGCCUGAUGGGCCUCUUGGCUCGUUUGCAGACUUCACCUACUAAACAGUUUGCCACUCUUGUACAAUAUGAAGUGGGAUACUUUGGCUUAGGAUCAUACUCCGCAGGUUUAUGGCCUUGGUCGAUAAAAUGAAAGUGCACCUUGAGUGCAGUUGUUCCUGUAUAGUAGCUCACUAUGUAGUUCCAGCAUAUAUCCUAACCCCCCUCCCCCAUGGAGGAGAAUAGUACACUUUUUCAAGGGGCCGUGGGAGGUCUCAAAGACUCAAAGCAAUGCAUGAAGCUUAAUUGCAAUUGGAAUUCCACAGGAGAGGGGAUUUAUAGAGCAAAUACCUCCCCUUGGUGUGCACGGGUAUAUGGAUAUUUUCUGGAACUACUCAUUUACUAUUAUAAGAGUGUCCAAAAACAGUACUAAUUUAUUGACCUCUAAUUUUCAUUUAUUUAUGAAAUACUGAGGGACAAAUAAACAAAUGCCAUGUGAGGUCUUAUGUGAUUGGUUGCACCAUAGGAUUUUGCAUGCAGAGAUCCACAGUAUUUGUGGACAGAGUUGACUUAUGGUCAGCUUUUGUAGUAUCUAGAAGCUUUCACUUUUACGACCAGUCCUGUGGCUGGAAGUUCUCUUCAACCUAGACAUAAGCCCAGCCUAUUUGAUGUUCUGAUUAAAUAAGUAGGCAGGUUUAUUUGUCAUCCAUUUUUGUUAACUCAUUUUGUACCACCCAUUGAAGCAAACUAAAAAAUUCUCCUUUGUUUUUUCAGUACAUAUAUUUAUGACGGUGAUGUGGAGAGGGUGACCAAAAAAGCCACUGGCUCCAGUGAGGGUGGAAUGGUGCAUGAAACAGUUGAAAGGUCAGUCUGAAUUGUGUGUAUAAUAUUCUACAAUGCAGCAAUGCUGUAUACUCCCUAUCUUUAUUGAACUCAAUUUGGUAAAAAAAAAAUAGUUUGCUGAAAAAUCUCUCAGUCAACAGUUUGCGGGCAGCUUUUUACGGACAGUUUUUAGAGAGUGUACCAGUUAACAAUCUAUGGUAUGAAAACAAGAGUUCGACAAAUUAGAGACAAAUGGGGUUUAAAAUUGAAGAAAUUAGGAGGCAGUGACACAAGUAGUUACAAAUAAAAAUCUCAAUAAUCUGAUAUUUUGUUUAUACCUGUGAGAAAGAUAGUAUUUCAGCUAUUUUUUCAAAGAUCUGUUUCAGCCUGAUUCAUCUAAAGUUGACAAGUUCUCACUGUCUUUUUACAGACAUCUCUUCUUAUUUAAUCAUGUCUUACUGGUUGGCUUGGUAAGUUGAUUUAGUGUGCGGUAUCCAAUAUUUGAUUUUUUCUUUUCCCUGAACUUUCUGACCUUGUUUGAAAUAAUAAAAUAAAAUACAAUAAAUAAUUAAUUUUCCAUUAUUUAUCAUUGUUUCAUUAAUUAUUUUCCAGGCAUCAGAGAAUCUUAUAACAGGAAAGAAAACAUAUAAACUCAAGCACAACAUUCCUCUCGCACAAGCAUGGGUUACACCCCCCAGUGCAUAUUACACUAGCCCACCAGAAAAUAGUAAGUUGUAAUGGAUAUUAAUGUCCAUUAAUACUAAUAAAAACCCCCAUCCUUGGGGACCCAGGGGCAGUCAGUCGGGCUGGCAGACAAAGUGCAACAAAAGUUUUUAAGCACGGGCAGAAGAGCCCCUGAGGACCGACUCUCACCUGACCAUUUCCAAACAGUCAAGUGAAUGCUGGCUCCUGAUUGGGCACAAAAAAUGGUUGGUAUUAUUGUGCCCAAUCGAGGAUCAAAAAACCCCUGCCCUGGAAUUGUGUGUUUCAAAGAUCAAGAAGAAUAACUUGUAAACUUACUUCUGCUUUGAUGUCCAACUUGUUGAUUGUUAUUACAUUACAGUGUUUAUUCUUGGAACACCAACUCAAAUCUACAAAUUCUUAGCACCUUCGGAGAGAGAAAAAACAACAUGGGUUAAAAAACUUAAAACAUACAUUGAGAAAGAAAAGCAAGCAUUUGUUGAGGUAAAACAUUUGAUGCAAAUAUCACUGGUAAUAACAUUUUGUGUUAACGUCUUCCUACUUAUGAAAAUAUUUAAUGAUAUUCAUUUGUAAACUCUUAUUUUGAACUCAUGAAGAACUUAUGAGGAGAAAAAAAGAAGAUAUCAUUGCUGUGAGGGAGGUUUAAAUUGCAGUAUGUAAUUACCUUAAAAUUAUUAUAUAAUAUUAUAUUGGUUAGCUUUUGCUUUGACUAUCUUCAAGAAUCAUUUUUAUUUGAGUAGUUAUUAAAAUCAAACAAUCAACACAGUGGUGGUCUGAUAUUAUACAAUGUACUUUGGUUGGUCUAAAUACUUUGAUUCUCUGCUAAUAUCUUCUAUAAGCAGACACUGUGUCAUUGUCCCAUUGACAUAUACAAAUGCUGUGUUUUUAACCGCCCUUUGGCUGAUACCUCUUGCAAGGGAUUGUCGAAGUAAGCAUAGCUUGAAUAAGAAAGGGUAUAUAUAUGUACUGAACAUUAAAAUAAUACUAAUUACUUUAUUUGUCACUUGCAGUUUUUUAAAGGGUUACCAGUUCCAGAUGAGCAGUUUUUGGCAGUUUCAAUACAAUCUAAAAUUGAUUAUCACAAGACAGUUGACCUAGGUAUAUUUUAUGUUAAAAUUCAAUAUUAUUAUUAUUAACCAUACAUACAGCAUAUUGGUACCGAUAUUAAUAUUAAAAUAUUCUACGGAACAAAUCUUCCUCAAAGGAAAACAAUUAACCAAAUUGAAGUUUUUAAAGUAGUCAGACUACACCACUACAUGUUAUGUAAGUACUUUAAGUGAUGCAAGUACUUACAGACAGUCAGCCAUUCAGUCAAUCAGUCAGUUAGUCAGCUGGUCAGUCACUGAGUCUAUCAGAUCAAUCAGUGAGUUAAUCAGUCAACAUCAUUUUCUCCUCAGCUAGACAAUCAAAUUGUCAAAGGCAGGCAAUCUUAAACCAUUCAACUGUUCUUAAAAAGAAAUGUAUGGAGAUCAGAUGGUUUAAUCAGUCAGUUUAGAUCAUUUAACCAGUUAAUGGUUAGUCAGUUAAUUAGUCAGUCAGUCACUUGCCCAAUCAGUCAUUUAGUUGGUUUAAGUCAGUCAUCACUCAGUCAGUCUUUCAGUCAGCCAGUCGGUCAGUCAGUCAGUCACUCAUUCAGUCAAUCAUUCGGUCAGUCAGCCAAAAUCAGUCAGUUAGCCAGGCAGUCUAUCAGAAAGUCAGUAAGUCAAUGAGCCAGCAGUUAGUGUUGGAGUACUCAGACAGUCAAUUGGUCUUGCACAGUCAGCCAUUCAGUAACUCAAAGUUUAUCCAUUUCAAGUACUUAAAAAUAUUAUUGUUCUGAUUCGAUUUUUAUGUGACUAUCACCUUUUGAAUUUAGAAUUGAACCUGAGACAAGGUGAAGAAGUUCUUAUCAUUGGGAUCAAAUCUGGGGGUUUGUGGCUGCCAGUAAGUAAAAUUGUACUUUUAAAAGUGUUGCUGCCUUGGUUGUACACUGUAAAAAUCAGUGACAGCUAGCUUGGAUUUAAGGCAUAUUUGCCUGGUAAUGUUGUCAACUGUUACUGAGAUAUGAUUGUUCAAAGACAUAUAAAAUUAUAAAAUGCACUGCCCUUUCUGUUUUGGCUCUACUUACUCUACUUAUAUUGUUAUGCCUGUCUUUAUCGGGCAGAAACAAUCUUGUUGGACAUUAUUACUUUGGAACACAACUAAUAAAAUACACCCCCCAAAAUGCUGAAAGUUUAAAAAACACCCUAAGCACUCAUUCAGCCUCCAGAUUCUUUUACUAGGGCGCUUAAUAAAUGAUUCAAAGGUGUGUUAAUAAUUAAAAAUAAUAUGAUUAUUUUGUAGGGGUUAUAUGCUGUGAAUGUUUGUGAAAUUGAGUUGGCAUGGUAGGUUACUUGCCUUUUAUUUUGGUUUGCUUGAUUGUUUGUAUAAAAGCAUGUCAAUGUGCUAUUUCUGGAUGGUUAAUUAUUACACUGAUCAAUAAAAUAAUGAUUAGUUUCUUGUCUUUCACAUAAAUAGUUUAAGUUUAUGCCCUGUUUUUGACCUUAAAGUAUUCCAUUUAAAACAGACAUUUUUCCUCAGGGAUAGAAGAGCGAGUGAAAUGCGAGCGCGUGUGAGAAUCACACGACACGAGAAAAGGUGACACGUGUCACCUUUUCUCGCGUGGGGUGAUUUUCAUGCGUGCUCGCGUUUCGCUCGCUCUACUAUCCCUGAGGAAAAAUGGGGACUACUCAUUGUCUAAAACAGACAUAUCUGUGUAAUCUUUCUACAGGUGGCCUGGACUCCACAAAGGCAGAUUUGGUUGGUUUCCAGGUAAGAAAAUGAAUUCAGCAACUAAACAACAAGGUCACACUAGAGACUUUACUAUGGUAAAAAGGGCUUUACUAUGGUAAGUCUCGUAACGUCUUCUUUACUGUAGUAAACCUGACAGGUCAUGUGAAACUUUCCAGGCGUUUUUUCUCGCGUGAUCGGUGACAUGAGAGUGAAAAGUAAAAUGAUGACAUGCUAUGAGAGCUGACUAAAUUGAAAUUACUGAACUGUAACUUCCUGAGCGUGACCCUCACAAGUGUACAAAGAUGGUUCAAUGUGAGAGAGUAUUGUUUUCUGUUGUGAGCAUUUUGCUUUUAAUUCUGCUGCUCAGACGAGCAAGAAGAAUGCGCUCCCUUAUUACCUACCUUGGUUUCGAAUACGAAGUUAGUGAAGAUGUUUUAGUGACAGGUUCAUUGAUUGCCCAUCGAAGACAUACUCCUAGAGAAAGAGCAGCAUUGCGAAGGCAAGCGUGGGUUUACCCUCGACCCCAAGAAUGGUUUGAAGAAAUGCACAGAAACAGAAACCUUGAAGCACUGUGGAAAAAGCAAUCACCAAUGUGCUAAAGCUAUUCUGUUAUGUGACCCCUUUUGAAACUACUUUCCUCAAAAAUCAUGAAAAACUGUCAACAAAACAAACAAAGUUUAGAUAGACUAGAGAUAUACCCACCUAUUUUUUUUGGUAACCAGAUGGUUAUCGGUGGUGGGUCAUCUUUGUUCUUUCUGCAGUAGUCAUGGAAAUUAACCAGGGUAGAGUUUACAAUAGUAAACUGAAAAAUGCCGGUCACACUUACGGCGCCGUUUACUAUGGUAAACUUGACUUUACUAUAGUAAACUUUCUCUAGUGUGACCUCAACCAAUGAAAUAUUAAUUUUUUUUGAAAUGAUGUUUUCUGCAAGUUAUGGCUAUCAUCAAUGACCCAGCAUCUGUACUGGGAUGACUCACUGUCAGGUGAUAUUGUUGAUAUCUUUUCCUACAGCUCAAUGUGUAACUGGGCCUGAUGUCACAAGUAUCACUUCCACAAAUGAGGUGAGUGCAUGGUGUUAACUGUAUAUAGUUAUACAUAAUAACAACUGGAAAGUUGUUGUUAUCGUGAGAUCUAACUUUAACUAAUAACUUUACUAACGAUAUUAAUAAUAACUUUUAACAAUGAUAAUAAUAAGUAAUAAUAAUUAUAAUCCAUCAUUAUUUUCCUUUUUAACACAGUUUACUGUAGUUUAAAUCUUUGUCUUUUGUUGUUUUUAGUUUCAUCCUAUUCCUGUGGCUGUUGCGCUGAAUGUUAUCAAAAGAACUAUGAUGAAAUGGGUAGGUGAAAUUAUUGAUGGAUUAGCUGAGUUAAAUGCUUAUUGUUGUCAUGAGGAUGAUUUUCACUUGAAUUUUGCAUCUUCAAGCCUUUAUGGACAACUUAUCCAUCCCUAGAACAAUCAGUCUUUUAAGGAAAAGAUUGAAACAAUAAUGGUAACACGGUGAAACCUCUAUUAAGCGGACACCCUCUAUGAAGCAGACUUUCAGCCGGGUCCCGAAAUUAAUGUGGACACGGACACUAAAAUAAAUAUUAUUGUAUUUGGCUAAUUUCUAUUAUUAAAAACCUCUGUUAAGCGGACACCAGACUGAACUGACAAUAGUAGUUUUGGAUUACGUCCUUAAAAUACGUACUGUAGUCGAUUAAUAAGGAUAAAUCGGUACAUUUAGCUGUCAAUAAACUGUAGAUUAGACCAAUAUCUGGCCGUAUGAUUGUCAUCUGCAAUCAAAGUUCACCUAAAGUCUUGCACAAAGUACAGCACAUCUUCCUUACCUUCCUUAACAACAUGGAGCUUUAUCACAGUACAGAGUAACUGUUGAAUGUUAAUCGUUAACAACGUUAUGGAGUUUUUACAAACCUCUAUUAAGCGGACACCCUCUAUUAAGCAGACACUUGGGAAGGUCCUGAAGGUGUCCGCUUAUAGGGUUUUCACUGUAUCAUAAUAGAAAUGAAACAUUGAUAGAAUAAACUAAUCCAUGAAAUGCUGCUUUAUCAACCUUGUACCCAGUACCUCUUCUUCCCAUCUGCUUUAUCUGUUGCUUCUGGGUAGCUCCAGGGAUGGAAAGAAGUCAAAGUACUCUAGAAAUAAGUGCUUUAAUAAAUUAUUUAUUACCUGCAGAAUGCUGUCUGUAUAUAUUGAUGAACAAAUAUUAAAAAGUGAUUAUUUUUCUUUUUGACAGACCAGCAGCAGUGCUGCCAUUCCAAUAUAUGAGGAUCCAAUGACAUUAAAGGUUUUUAAACCAGACAAAACAUUCAAGGUGAAAAAUGUCUUUGUUUUUAUGAGUCACUGUCUUGCUCCAAGUUGCUUUUAUGUUUUAUUAAUUUGAUUUUCACUCAAGUUUAUGUCAGCAAUUCUUUGUAUACCUGACUCAUCUUUGCAGGAGGGUAAACAAAGUUUUUACUUAAUGUUUUACUUUCCUUUAGCUUAUCUUGUGUUAUGUAUAGUGCAAGUGGUACUGUUAUACGAAUUAUUGUUUUCAUAAAUAUUUAAGUCUUCUCAAUAUUUUUUCUGUUUGCAGACUUGUAAAGUACAUACUGACUGUUUGGUUUCAGGUGUUUUGCAGUAAGUGUGGCUCAGUGUCAUUUUAACCAAGAUGAAUUAUUCCACAAUAUUUUGUUUUCUUUGUUUACGUUAUUGCAGAAUUCUAUUGCCAUGGCUCUUAAAUUUUUAGAAAACUCUAGUAUGUAACAGUGCUGUGACUGUUACUUGACCACAGGCAAAUUACUUUCAAGCUGGUAUAAGGACUAAAUGUUUGCAAUAUUUACUAUAAAGACUGGACUAGUAAAUUUCAUGUAUUGAACAAGUACUUGACAUUAUAUGCUGUUGGUCCUAGUAAUGAACUGUGAAAGCUGCCAAAAAUUUAAGUGAAUAUUAUUAAAAAUGUUUCAUUGCUUCAUUGUAAUAAGGACUAUGAUUAUUUGAUGAACAGAAGUACAGUCAAACCCUAUCAGUGCUCACCUCUCCGCCCGGGUUACUUUUUUCAUCCUGGCUGACAGUUCAUACAUUCACUUACGCUUUGCUUUAUUGUGAAUUGCCUUCUUAUGUUUUUAUUGUACAGCCAGUACACAAGGCACAAGAGUUUUGCUGGGGGAAAUAUUGAUGUAGCAGUGUUAGAAUUGUGGGAAGAAUCAUUAGACGGUUCAGGUAAGAGCGCCAUCUGUCUUGGCUGUUCAAAAUGAUGAUGUGGAAGAUGUGCUCCUUGAGGCCGCAGAAAGGGAGCACCCAUGAUGACAUGCAGCCUCGUUUUCACCUUAGCCCCUAGGCUCCCAGGGUCAAUGUCACCUUGUGACUUACGCCAAGGUGAUCCCGUGAACAAGGCAGUAGUUGACAUCAACAGAUUGGGAGUUACAUUUACUUUUUUUUCCAUCACUGUUGAUGGGAAUAAUUUUUCAUUUUAUGAUAGUCUUGUGACAUGGAAGAAUGUGUCAUGAAGCCUUUUUCCACUCACCCUUUCAAUAUUACCAGUGUCAAAAAAAUGAAUUCCAUCCUCUGGUACCUAGAAUCUACAAGAGACUAGUAAAGAGCAUGGAAAAUGUGAGUGAAUCAUGAAAAGUGCUUUAUGAAGAUGGGCAAAACCCUGGUCUUCCUUUAACAGCAAAGGACUUUCACUGAGAACCAAAGUCUAUCUUGUGCCCAAACCCUUCUUCAUCAGUCUUUGAUCCCCUUCUUGACAGUUUUUUUUAUCCAGCUGACCAAACUGACCCAAGGUUGUGGAGAGGGUGAAAAGGAUUACAGAUAUCUUAAAUCUAUAAGGCUCAAAAAUAUAAGGUUGUGGAGAGGGCGAAAGGGAUUACAGAUAUCUUAAAUCUGCCUUCAUUGCCAUGCAAAGCACACUUCACCCCUCCCAAAAUAGCUCCUUUUAAAUGCUGUAAAAACCUGCGACUAAGAACUUGGUUUUUAAGAACCUAAGGCUAAAAUUUGCCAGCUAAGCCCCUUCUAUACAAGAACCUGUUUAGCCUAAAAUUUGAAACAGGUUCUUAUUCAAAAGUCAGGAUCCUCUUUGGAGACAUAGGUGCCUUAUUACUCCAACUGCAGUUGUAAUGGUAUACUGGUUUUACUUAAGGAAUGAGCUGAAUACCACUAAAUACUCUUAGCUACAAUGUAUUUUUUCUUCAGAAAAUUAGAACCUAUUUAAGAACCUAAAUAGCCUAAAUUUAUGCUAAUUACCAUUUAUGUAAGAACCUGUUUAGGCUAACUUGGGAAAAUGGAGGUUCUUAGUUGUGGGUUAUUACUGUGUUGCAGCCAGUAUUGUGUGGUUUUUGUUUUCGUUGACAUCCAACUUGAUUAUUCAUUCUACCCGUUACCUACAGUAUUAAUAUUCCUGUGUGUGAUAUACGCAGACUGCAGACUGGCAGGUAAAUGAGCUAAACAUUGUUGUGAGAUGAUUUAACAGAUUCCCUAUCCCUAAACUUUAUGGGCCAGUUAUUUUUAAACGGAAUUUAGCCAUUGUUUAACAAAACCGCAUUCUAAGUCAUUUUAAAUUUGCCCAAUGCUUUUAUUUAAACACCAUUUAUCGUUGACAGUUUCAUUAAAGUGUAUAGAGUAGACAAGAAAAGCAUUUAUCUUCUUAAAUUGACCCACUAAGGGAGAGAUCUGGAGGUUCAAAGAUUUCUUAAACCGUGGUCUAAGUUAGAGUUUGUUUAAAUAACCGACCCUAAGUCUUCUAAAAGGCUUGUUUUGGGGAUACGAAAUCUGUUAAAGCAUUUCACAACAAUGUUUACCUUGUUUGCCUGCCAGUCUACAAGUCUGCAGUCUGCGUUUGUCACACACUGCUAAUAUUCUUAUCUUUAAUAUUCAGUACGCAGAUGCCUGGACCCUGACGAAAAGCUGGUGGACAUUUUUACAAUGUGGGGAAAGUAUCAGGUAAAUAUUGUUUCCACACCGUUAUUCACUAAUUUGAUGGUUUGUUGUGUAUUUACCACACACUGAAAUAACACAUAAAAUAGUAAUUUUUGUGAGAGCAUUGAGCUGAUGGCUUGAAAACACAGAGCACUAAAUUUGUUCGGACUUCACUACAAAGACACUUAAAUUUCUUACAUAACAGCAUGGGCAUUUCUUAUAAAGGUUGAUAAAUGAUAUUUAAUGUGAUUAAGGGUUCUAGCUGUGAAACAUGGUCUGGAAUUUUGGGCUUUCCUGGCUAUCUAUUAUUAAUUUUGUUGGGCCAUGAAGGCCAAGAAAUCCUGUUAUUGCUAUUUUCAAGUCUGGAAAGCCAUGCUAUUGUGUCCGCAGUUACUGCAAUCACCUGGCCUUGACCAUACUUUUCCUGAUGCAAGGGCAGUGCAGCUAUAGUAAUUUUAUUUGAUUGGAAUUAAAAAAUUUAGUAAAUAUUCAAUGCUCAUGUACAAGUUGCACUAUACCUCUAACUAAAAGAAAGAAAACAGACCCACAGUUAUUACUUUGUUGAAACACUUGGCCAUCAUUACAUGUAUCUACCGACCAGAAAUAAAUUUAAGUAAUUUACUUGCAGUCAUAGCACAAACAUGUCAAUUCUGUGAACAGCAGUAAGUGGAAACUCUGAAGCCAAUCCAAGUUUUUUCGUUUUAUUUUCCUUUUUAGGACAAGAUGAAGCUUGUUAUUCACAGUUCAAAAGAAGGACAAAGAACCCUGUCUAAGAAAAGCAAAAAGGAUUCUAAGGACGAACCACCAACAGGAGAUCUUAUCACCUUUGAUUAGUGACAGUGGAUAUGAUAGUUUGAUGUAAAAAAAGUGCUGUUAGAUUGACCGGUAGUUGGAGAUGGUUCUCCUUGCAAUGUUUGGCUUGUCAGAUGUGUUGCCUUCUUGCUUCUUGUAAAUACCUUUUAGUUUCAU